GUCGAACGAUUGAUAGUGCAUCGGACAUGGGUGGAAGUAAAAGUACGAAAUGAUGCGUCUGUUGGGAUUACUCCGUAUUUUUACAUUGGUAGCGUUGAAACGUUCGAGCGAUCACUGGCCACUGCACAGGAGCAUCUUGGAAUCGGUCCUGAAAAUCAAGUCACUGUUAUCUAUAAUCCAGUGGACACGACGUGA